CCAUUGCUUGACGUCAUCACGUACGCCUUGCCGGCUGGAGCGUCAUGGCGGCUUGUAUGGCGCAGCGAGCGUUUUCCGCUCUUCCCAGGUUCUUCCUGAAACGGAACCGAUGUACUGUCUUGGGAGCUUCGGCUGGCCGGCUGCUGUCUUUUAGCGAAGCAACGUCCCGGUCUGGAGUGGCGAGGUCCGCUGCGAGCAGCGAACCGCUCCGGCUGCCCGGUACCGCUGAGAACUCCGGGGGCUCCGGGUCCCGACAACCUUCACUACUGUGGAGCGCUUUGGCAGCUUUCUCGCUCUUCUCCAAGACUGACGAUGUAGAAGAUGAAGCUAAGAAGACAGAAGAUGAGAUCAUUAUGCUCUUGAAGCGCUCCAAGCUCAGCAUCAUCCAGGGGGAGUUCCAGGCAGCCAGCAGGACCCUGCACCAAGCCAUCCGCCUGGCCCACCAGAGCCACAACACACAGGCUAUCAUCUACACCUACACAAUGAUGGCGAACCUGGCUUUUGUGCAAGGUCAGCUGCCCGAGGCAGAGAAGCUUUUCAAAGCGGCCAUGAGCUUCCUGCUGGCUGGGGGCACCCCGGAGGACGACAACGCUGUGGUCGAGAUGAGUCUGAAGCUGGCCAGCAUAUAUGGCUCACAGAACCGGCAUGACUUGGCAGAGCAUGGUUUCCAGUUCUGUGUGGAGUCCCUUGAGGCCAAGAUUGACAAGCAUAAAGAGCUUUCCUCAGACAAUCUUACAGAUGAGGAGCGGAAGGAUACGCUGCUGCUUCUGGGCUUGUGUCUGGACUCGCGGGCCCGGUACCUGACUGCCAUGCGUCGGUUGGACCAGGCACGGAGUGAUUACCAGCGUGCGCUCGAGAUCUGCAGGCGAGAGCAAGGCGACACUCACCCACAGACCCUGGUGCUGAUGAAUGAUCUGGCCACAGUGCUGGACAUGCAGGGCCGCCACGAGGAGGCACUGGCCCAGGUGAAGAACGCCGUGGUGCUGGGCGAGGAGACGCGAUUCCCUGAGCAGCACGUGCUGCUCGGAAACAUGGCAGGCAUCCUGCUACACCAGGGUCAGGUGAACGAGUCAGCGCGUCUCUACCAGGAAGCACUGGAGAUGGCCAAGACGGCCGGUGACAACGAGGCGGUGGAGAACAUUCAGGAAGGGCUGAAGGAGCUGGACAGCAAGCGGGAUGGACAGGCGGGCCAGGCCUGAGAACCUGAUGGAGAUGGAGCCCCCCCUCCCCAUUCAGAUAAUCAGGGGCUAAAUGUAAGGGACAUUGGGGGAGGUGGGGGGCACUGGGAGGAGGGCUUAAACCAGGCGGUGACAGACAGCCUGUAAUAAUUUUGCCCACCAUGGAUCUGCAGACCUUAUCUAUCAGAUCACUGCCCUAUUUAUCAGUCGUGCAUUUGCUGAAUCAGAUGUCAGGCUCGUCCCCGGGGGCUGGAGUCCUGUGCAAUUUGGAGGACGGUCACUUGACUCGCAGUUAGACCACCACAUGUAGUGGCUGAAACCGGCAACGCUGAAGAAAAGCGCCGUGACCCCCCCAGCUGGAGUCACCUGCCCCAGGACCGACUCGCUCAUGUGAAGCAGCGCCACAGAGAAGGUGCGGUCAUGAGUCCCGCCAUCCCGAACGUGGGCCUUAACUGCGCUGUAAAGCCCUGCAAUACAAUCUCCCAUGUUUAUUAAUAAAUGUUGUUUGAUUUGGUGCACAUUGGAA